UUUAAUCAUCUCUCCCUACUCUGGUGUUGAGGUUAUGCUUGGUCGGCUUCUUCUUCUUCGCUUGCUCAACGCCUCUGUCUCCUCCCGCGGUUUCUCCUUCAUGAGACGCGAGGCCACGAGCUUUCCAUCGUCACGAGGAACCUCCUUUCUCAGUCGAGUCUUCCCCUUCAGGUUAAAAUAUGCUCUUCAGAAUGACCAUUUUAAAGUCCGGGGGUUUUCUAGACGCUCGUUUAGUCCUCGAAAUGGCGGCACUUCUUCUGCUCCUUGGGUUUCAGAGUUGUCGCACAGUUCUAGAGUUGAGAGGAGAGAGUUUCAGACUGGGAGUUCUGGCGGAAGAGGCGGGCAGGCAAAGAGUCUUGUCGAGGAUGAAGCCGAGCUUAGUGAUUGGAUCAGUGAACUGAAGACCGACUCUUUUCGCGUUGGGUUUACCAGUGAAAGUGAAGAUGAUUCAGAUACCGGUAGAAAUAGGAGUAGAAUUAGGGAUAAGGGUAGGGUUUCAUUUUCCUCUCCGAAGAACGAGAGACGCGGGAAAGGUGGGGUUUUGUCUGCAAAAAGGCCGAUAGACAGUGAUUCGGAUGAUUUCACAGUUACUAAUCGGAGAAGUUCCCGGAGCAUGACCGGGUCUCGUUCGAAGAGACUAAUUCGUAGUGAAUCAGAGGAAGAUGAGAGUGAAGCAUUUUCUCCGAGAAAGAGGGAUCGUGAAUUUCGAGGUGCAGUUUCUUCUGAAGCGAAGAAAGGUGGAAGAGACUCUAACUUGAGUUUCGGAAAAGGACAGAGGGAUAGAAAUUUGCAGAGAGGGGGGGAAAGUUCAAGACGAGCUGUUACAAUGUCAGAAGAUGAGGAUGAGGAUUUGAGGUACAGUAUCGAAGAUUUGCCAAGUGAGGAAGAUAAUGAUAAAGACCUGUCAAAGAGUGCAAAUUCUCUGACUGGGUUUGCCAAAGAAGUUAAUGUACAGCCAAUGCCUAGGAGUACAACCGGGAAAACUGACUCUUACCUGAGUCAGACUAGAUUUGAUCAAUGUUCCCUCUCCCCCCUUUCAUUAAAAGGAAUAAAAGAUGCAGGAUAUGAGCGAAUGACUGAGGUGCAGGAGGCAACUCUCCCUGUCAUUCUGAAAGGCAAGGAUGUUUUGGCCAAGGCAAAGACCGGCACUGGCAAAACUGUAGCAUUUCUGCUCCCCGCUAUUGAAGUAGUCGUAAAAUCACCUCCUGUUGAUCGUGAUCAGAAGAGACCCCCGAUCCUUGUGCUUGUUAUAUGCCCAACUCGAGAGCUUGCAAAUCAAGCAGCUGCAGAGGCCAACACCCUGUUGAAGUAUCAUCCUUCUAUUGGUGUACAGGUUGUAAUUGGAGGCACAAGACUUCCUCUGGAACAGAAACGAAUGAAGGCAAGCCCUUGUCAGAUUCUAGUAGCCACUCCUGGAAGGCUUAGAGAUCAUAUUGGGAAUACGGCUGGAUUUGCAACUCGGCUCAUGGGAGUAAAAGUGCUUGUCCUUGAUGAAGCUGACCAUCUAUUAGAUAUGGGAUUUCGGAAAGAUAUUGAGAGAAUCAUUGCUGCUGUUCCAAAACAACGCCAAACACUUCUAUUUUCAGCUACUGUUCCAGAAGAGGUCCGCCAAAUCUGUCACAUUGCUUUAAAAAGAGAUCAUGAGUUUAUUAACACAGUUGAAGAGGGUAGUGAAGAGACACACUCCCAGGUGAGACAGAUGCAUCUAGUUGCUCCACUGGACAAACAUUUCUCUCUACUAUAUGUUCUUCUCAAAGAGCAUAUUUCUGAGGAUGUUGACUAUAAGGUUCUAGUGUUCUGCACAACCACAAUGGUCACAAAACUUGUGGCUGACCUUCUCUCUGAACUGAACUUGAAUGUAAGGGAGAUCCAUUCAAGAAAACCACAGAGUUAUAGAACCAGAGUCUCUGAUGAAUUUCGCAAGUCGAAGGGUCUUAUUCUUGUGACCUCUGAUGUUUCUGCACGUGGAGUUGAUUAUCCGGAUGUUACUCUCGUUAUACAGCUUGGCGUGCCAUCUGAUAGAGAACAGUAUAUUCAUCGACUGGGUAGAACUGGCAGGAAAGGGAAAGAAGGGCAGGGAAUAUUGUUGCUGGCACCAUGGGAGGAUUUCUUCUUAUCUAGUGUUAAGGAUUUGCCAAUAGAAAAGGCUCCAAUACCUUCAGUAGAUCCAGACACCAGGAAGAAAGUUGAAAAGGCACUAUCUCAUGUAGAGAUGAAGAACAAAGAAGCAGCCUACCAAGCAUGGCUUGGGUACUACAAUUCCAAUAAGAAUGUGGGUCGCGAUAAGUGCCGCCUUGUGGAGCUUGCUAAUGAGUUCAGCAGGAGUAUGGGGCUGGACAACCCUCCUGCCAUACCAAAACUAGUCCUGGGGAAAAUGGGUCUUAAAAAUGUUCGUGGUCUUCGCUCCAGAUAGAAAGAAAGAAUUUCUACAUUACUUGAUUGUAGAAAACAUAACCAAGAUGAGGGGGAAAGCUAGGAUGUUCAGUUUAAUUUCAUCCAGACGAGGAAACCCAUUUUCAAUCGACGGAAGUGCAUUAAACCUAACCGAGAGUUGUUGUUUCACCGUGGAGAAGUUUCUUUAGCUUGUGUGUUGAUGCAUAGAUUCUUACACUUAUGUGUUUCAAUUCCUGGAAAGCAAUUGUUCUGAUCAGUUGUGCC